GAAAUCCUCGACCGAGUUGCGUCACCAACACGUCAACAAACUCCCCUCACCGACACAGACAGACAGACAGGUACCAGCGGCCAGCAGCCAUAUUACCGGCACAGCAGCACCGCGGCACCGGAGCAGAGCAACACCCGGUCCCCGGUCCCGGUCCCGGUCCCGCAGACAGACACAGAACCAGACCCAGACCCAGCCGGAGGGCGGAGGGCGGAGGGCGACAUGCCCCGUGAGUCCAGCCGGACUGCGCUGCCGCGGACUUAAGAGGGCUCCUGGCGACAAGAUGGAGGGGAGCAGCGUGAGCAGCGAGGUCAAUGGACAUACGAUCAUGGAUGAGCCCAUGGACGAGGGAGACUCUUUCUCACACUGUGAUGACGGGGCAUAUAAGGAAAUUCCUAUCACCCACCAUGUGAAAGAGGGCUGUGAGAAAGCUGAUCCAUCUCAGUUUGAACUGCUUAAAGUCCUCGGUCAGGGCUCUUUCGGCAAGGUAUUUCUCGUCCGGAAGAUCGUGGGUCCAGAUGCUAGUCAGUUAUAUGCAAUGAAAGUGCUAAAAAAAGCAUCUUUGAAAGUCAGGGACAGAGUUCGCACUAAGAUGGAAAGAGACAUUUUAGUGGAGGUCAAUCAUCCCUUCAUAGUGAAAUUGCACUACGCCUUUCAGACAGAAGGGAAACUGUAUUUAAUACUGGACUUUCUCAGGGGAGGGGAUGUAUUCACUCGCUUAUCCAAAGAGGUUAUGUUUACAGAGGAAGAUGUGAAAUUCUACCUUGCAGAGCUGGCCUUGGCCCUCGACCAUCUGCACAACCUGGGCAUAGUUUACAGAGAUCUCAAGCCAGAGAACAUCUUACUUGAUGAAGCGGGACAUAUAAAGUUAACAGACUUUGGCUUGAGUAAAGAGUCAGUAGAUGCUGAUAAGAAGGCUUAUUCCUUCUGUGGUACGGUGGAGUAUAUGGCCCCUGAGGUGGUCAACAGGAGAGGACACACACAGAGCGCAGACUGGUGGUCUCUGGGAGUUCUUAUGUUUGAGAUGCUAACGGGGACAUUACCGUUCCAAGGGAAAGAUCGCAAUGAGACCAUGAACAUGAUUCUUAAAGCUAAAUUGGGAAUGCCUCAGUUCCUAAGUUUGGAAGCCCAGAGUUUGCUGCGAAUGCUCUUUAAACGUAACCCAGCAAAUAGAUUAGGGGCCGGGCCCGAUGGAGUGGAGGAGAUCAAACGCCACGCUUUCUUUUCCACCAUCGACUGGAAUAAACUGUACAGGAGGGAGCUUCAGCCUCCAUUCAAGCCUGCAGCAGGGAAACCAGAUGACACAUUCUGCUUCGACCCAGAGUUCACAGCUAAAACACCUAAAGACUCCCCAGGUAUUCCACCCAGUGCUAACGCCCACCAGCUCUUCAAAGGCUUCAGUUUUGUCGCGCCAACACCUAUGGAUGAGAGCAAGAGCUCCCCAAUGCUCAGCAUACUCCCCAUUGUACAGAUGCACGGGGGCGCCGCCAAGUUCUCUGAUCUGUACGAGUUACAGGAGGACAUCGGGGUUGGCUCCUACUCCAUCUGUAAGCGCUGUGUACACCGAGUUUCCACCAUGGACUAUGCUGUGAAGAUUAUAGACAAAAGUAAGAGGGACCCCUCCGAAGAGAUCGAGAUCCUAAUGCGAUACGGACAGCACCCCAACAUCAUCACUCUGAAAGAUGUGUAUGACGAGGGCAGGUAUGUGUACCUGGUAACAGAACUGAUGAAGGGCGGGGAGCUGCUGGAUCGAAUCCUCAGACAGAAGAUUUUCUCUGAAAGAGAGGCCAGCGCUGUCCUUUACACCAUCACUAAGACUGUUGACUACCUCCACUGCCAAGGGGUGGUCCAUCGAGACCUGAAGCCCAGCAACAUCCUGUACAUGGACGACUCUGGGAACCCCGACUCCAUUAGGAUCUGUGACUUUGGAUUCGCCAAGCAGCUUCGUGGGGGCAACGGCCUGCUGCUCACGCCCUGUUACACCGCCAACUUUGUGGCACCAGAGGUACUAAUGCGACAAGGUUAUGAUGCAGCCUGUGAUAUAUGGAGUCUUGGAGUUCUACUAUACACCAUGCUGGCUGGGUACACGCCGUUCGCUAAUGGGCCAAACGACACACCAGAGGAGAUUCUUCUCCGAAUAGGAUCUGGAAAGUUCUCGUUGACGGGGGGUAACUGGGAUUCUGUAUCAGACUCCUCAAAGGACCUGCUGUCCCAUAUGCUCCAUGUCGACCCUCACCAGCGAUACACAGCAGAACAGGUUCUGAAGCAUUCCUGGAUCACGUGCAGAGAUACACUACCACACUUCCAGCUCACACGCCACGAGGCACCACAUCUUGUUAAGGGAGCCAUGGCUGCCACCUAUUCAGCACUCAGUCAGAAGACCAGCCAACCGGUGUUGGAACCCGUGGCAGCUUCCAGUUUAGCCCAGAGACGCAGCAUGAAAAAACUCACCUCGACCGACAUGUAGACCCACACCACUCGCCCUCCAGUUUUGGUCUCAUUCUCGCAGACUCAAAUACGCAAAGACAAAUGCGCAUGCACAGACUCAGACCCAAGUCUUGGCCAGUCCGAACUACUGUCUCCCUUUUUUAAAAAAUAUUUAUUUAACAUAUCCAGCAUUAGCAUUCACUCUCAAGUACAGGCUCAAACCGGCACAGAAAGAGGUUGAAUCGCAAAGAUGUCGGCCAAAGAGGUUGAGGGGAAACUCACAUAUCUGUUACUGCUGGGGAGACAGACUUGUAUUUAUUUCCACAGCUUUCAUAUGCACUUGCCCUCCUCGCCUUUCAUUAUUUCUUCCUUGUGUGGGGAAGAAACACACCAGCUGAUGUUCUCCUUCACUGUGAUUGGCUGAUUCAAAGCUGCUUAGGUAAACUGUGCCCCCCCUCACCCACUGCUCUUCAUCUUCACUCUGACAUCCUCAUCCUCAGUUCUCUCUCAUCCCCGUGUUUGCUUUGGCGCGUCUAACUUCUUUUUCUCAAAGUGAAGUAAUGAUCUAUUAAGUGCUGGCAAGAUGUGUUGACUGCGGUAUAAUGUCAGACUGUUUUCUCACCAAAACUCUCCCCCAAAAAAUGUAUAUAUAUAUGUAUAUACAUACACAUAUAUAAUAUAAUAUAUAUAUGUAUGUAUAAAUAAAAUCUGCUUGUAGCAGAUUGUUAAAGUCCCUCAGGCUCAAAAUCGGUUACCAGCACUUUUGGGAACAUAAAUGCAUGUUUUGACAAAACCUGUAUUCCUUUUCCUCAAAGUUUCCCCAUCUGACUCAUGUUACUUUGUCAUUCUAGCAAUGUAUCAAAAAGGUUACAUAAGCUGCAGGUGGAUACAAGAGUAUGUCGAGGAAUCGAAGGUAUGGUUGGGGCAAUGAUAUGAAAAUGUCAUGUUUGCAGAAAAAUAAAAAGAUUAUAUAUAUAUAUGUACACACACACAAAUGUAUAUGACAAGAUUAAUGAAGAUGAACAGCAUGUGGGGGAGCUGUAGGGAUUUCUCUGGGGGAGACGGGACUCGAGCCGUCAAACCAUAGACAAAAAAAAAAUAUUUCCAUGGAUAUCUCUUCAAAAAAGACAUUGUUGAAAUUGUAUGAUAUUGUAUUUAUUUCAUUUGAUUUUUAAGAUUCUAUUUUUCUUUCAAGUUCUGUAUAUAUUGACAUUAAAGAUCAUUAUUGA